CAAAUCUUUCAAUAUCAUUAAGCGGGCGCAUCUCGAAUUCGAUCGUCUAGAGAGAUCAGAGGCCGAGCCUCUUUCUAGCGCUGCCUUGGAGACCACAGGGCGAACGCGUUCAACCUCAUCCGAGUUGUCGAUGCAGUAUUCAAAGGGAUGUUGGAGGACUGCGAAGCUCAUCACGUCAUAUGUAGGGCCAUGCCCAUGACGACGCCAGCCUCCCCGUGGCUGCCAACCAGGCUUAUCUGCCUCGGCCAGCCGGGCGAUAUGCCGCGGAUGAUCGAAACCUCCAAGAUGCUCCUUGAGCCUUGCUCGGCGCCACUCAGGUACACGACUCUCAGUCACCGCUGGCGAGAGGGCCACCCGCUGAGACUGACGACGGAAACCCAGCGGCAGCUCUCGGAAGGGGUUCCGUGGCACGACAUACCGAAGACUUUUGCCGACGCCAUGCAUGUCACGAGGUUUCCCGCGGUGGAGUAUAUUUGGAUCGAUUCGCUCUGCAUCAUCCGGGGCGACACAGGAGAUUGGGAACGCGACUGCACCCGAAUGGCUGACGUCUACCGACACGGGUAUUGCAACAUUGAAGCCACCGACAGCUACGGCGGCUGCUUUUCAGUCCCAAGAUUCGACAGUGUUCUACCCUGUGGUUAUUGAGACCAGGAGUUACAAUCGGGGUAAUGCUCUCUGGGUGCACCGGCUGCCGCUGGAUCAGACAAGGAAGCUGGCUACAGUAUAGCGUAGAGAAGUACUUGGGGUGACGAAGGUGAUAUGGAAACUUGAU